UGCGUUCCUCAUUUAUGCAGCUAAUUUGGUCCACGAAGCAACAGAACCCUCAAACACAUUUUGAGGGAACGGACGUUGGAUGUACUAGCGACUGUUUGCUCCACUCGGGCUGUACAAAUUGUAUAUUCCAAUUGCUUCCCACAUUUCGAGUAUGAAAACAUGGCGGUAAAAAGCAGAAAGCAAGGCGUCCGAGAUCAGCCACAGCAGAGAACAGACCGAGAGAAAAGUCAAUUUGUGCCAGCUCAGAACACCGGCAAAGCCAAGCGACCGGGCAAAGAAAACAGCUUGCUUCAGAAUAAAAACGGACUAUUUCCCGGAACUGUAUUCAUAAGAAACAAACUGGGCCUUGGCCCGACAGUUUUUAUUAAAAUCGGAUUCAGCGUUAUUUUGGCUGCUGUGGCGGGUAUUAUACAUUGGUACCAUCUUUAUUACCUUUUUGAGAAUGACAGACAUUUUUCACACUUGUCGACGUUGGAAAAGGAGAUGGCAUUUCGAACAGAAAUGGGUCUUUAUUACUCCUAUUUUAAGACCAUUAUUGAAGCUCCAUCUUUCCUGAACGGGCUGGUUUUGAUAAUGAACGAUCGCCUAACAGAAUACCCCCUGGUUAUCAACACCCUGAAGAGGUUCAAUCUGUACCCAGAGGUGGUACUGGCCAGCUGGUACAGAAUCUACACAGGUAUAAUGGACUUCUUCGGGGUGACCACCAAGAUGUGCUGGUCGGUCAACAGGGGGGAGGGCCUGACUCCGGUCGACAGCUGUGAAGGUAUGGGAGACCCCGCCUACUUUUACGUGACCUUCGUCUUUCUACUGAACGGGCUCAUGAUGAGCCUGUUUUUCGUGUAUGGGGCAUAUUUAAGUGGCAGUCGACUCGGGGGCGUGGUCACAGUCCUCUGCUUCUUCUUCAACCACGGAGAGAGCACUCGAGUCAUGUGGACACCUCCAUUGCGUGAGAGCUUCUCCUACCCCUUCCUGGUGCUGCAGAUGCUGCUGGUGACCCACAUCCUCCGGAGCAGGAGCCCGGGACGAAAGGCAUUCUUUGCGCUCGGAAUCUCCAAUGUCUUUUUCGUGCUGCCAUGGCAAUUUGCCCAGUUUGUUUUACUCACACAGAUUGCCUCAUUGUUUGCCUCUUACAUUUUGGGGUACCUUACCCCAGCCAGGAUGCAGUCCCUCUUGGUCACCCACAUGGCCUCGUUGGGGGUCUGCUUCGUGCUCAUGUUUGGGAAUUCGAUGCUUCUGACAUCGUUCUACGCCUCCUCGCUGGUCUCUAUUUGGGGGAUAAUCGCUUUCAGGGACAUAAUUGGCAGGCUCUGCAAACCAGGAGUCAUUACAUGGGUCAUGCAGAGUCUUGCAUGGGUGGGCUCCACAGUCACUCUCAAAUUCCUGAUGUCCGCCAUUUUUGGAGCGUCAGACGACGCCCACAUAAGCAGCCUGAUCAAGUCCAAGUUCAGCAGCUACAGGGACUUUGACACCAUGAUGUACACGUGCGCCGCCGAGUUCGACUUCAUGGAGCUGGAGACUCUCCUGAAGUACAUAAAGACCUUACUGCUACCUGUCAACCUGCUUGUCCUCACAGUCAUCGCUGUGAAGACAAUGCAGGACAUUUGGAGGUUUUUAAGACGGGGUGAAAUGAGCCCCCCCAAGCCCGAGCAGGAUGCUUCUGAACACACUGCACUGUUUGCAAACGGAGAGUUGGUGUAUCAUUCCCUGCAGCUGGUGGCGUUCGCCGUGCUGGCUGUCCUCAUAAUGAGACUGAAGCUGUUCCUCACUCCUCACAUGUGUGUAAUGGCCUCGUUAGUCUGCUCCCGUCAGCUCUUCGGCUGGAUCGGGGAGAAGUACAGACAGCAGCUGCUGGUCUUCGGUCUGCUGUCUCUCAUGGCCAUACAGGGAGCGGCCAACCUGCAGAACCAGUGGGACAUCAUGGGAGAAUUCAGCAAUCUGCCGCAGGAGGAGCUGCUGGAGUGGAUCAAGGACAACACCCGGCCGAAUGCGGUGUUUGCUGGCGCCAUGCCGACCAUGGCCAGCGUGAAGCUGUCGGCCGUCAGGCCCAUAGUGAACCACCCGCACUACGAGGACGCGGGACUCAGGAAGAGGACCAAGCUGGUGUACGCCAUGUACAGCCGCAAGCCAGCCGAGAUCGUGAAGAGGAACCUGCUGAGGCUGGGCGUGGACUACUUCAUCCUGGAGGACUCGUGGUGCACCAGGCGCUCCAGGCCUGGCUGCAGUAUGCCUGAGAUUUGGGACGUGGAGGAUCCUCAGAACGCCGGUAAGGUCCCCCUGUGCACCCUGGUGUCCCAGGACCCCCGGCCCCACUUCAGAGCCGUCUUCCAGAACAGUGUUUACAAAGUGCUCCGAGUCCCCAGGGCUGCCAGCCACCACAGAUAACAGCAGAGUCCUCCAGGGGCGGUGUUAUCUGUGUAGCAUCUUGGAUUGGCCUCGCGCGCAAAGGCAGCCACAGAAGAGCCUGACGCCCACACUUUGUACUUUGUUGAACUGAGCUGUUGCGUCCCGUUUUAGGUGACCUCACUGUACGUGCAAUUCUGUCACUUUGGUUGCUGCUGUUCCCUCAGCCAUCUGAGCACCAGGUUCAGCAUUUUGCCAUUUGAGUGAAAGCCUGUUACUGAGCGUGUCCUUUCCUGGUUUUAGUCACGGUCCAUGAGAGAGCUCAAGGGACGGUCAAAGAAAACCUAAGGUCCAAAAAUGAAUAUUAAUAUAUUUGACUCUGUAUGUAUUAGCUUACUCCCGUAGCGUUUGUUCGUUUUAUUUUCCUCAAUCAGUACACUCCAGUCAGCUGAUGUUCUUUUUGACUUCCAUAGGAAUGGCCAAGAUAGACAAACACAAAAAAUACAGGUUUGGAACCAAUUCCUCAGCUCCCUUGAACUCAAAUGACUUCAUUGUCAGGUAAACUCUGAAAACCUGCCACUGUUUCAAGAUGAAACACUCCUUUCCUUUUCAGAGUGGGACUCCUGUAGUUUGGCAGCAGUAUUGUGUGGGUUAUUGCAUUCAAGAGGGCUCAGAUCAGGACUUUGUGAAGUUCAUUGUAGGAGACUUCUUUUUUUAGCUGAGAAAAGUGACUAAACUGGCUGAAGUUGCAUAAUGUUCGCAUAUCAUGAAAACGCUCAAAUGGCAAAUGAGGUGAACGUGAAAAAUAAUAACAGGUUCAAGUUUAGGAAACAAAAUGUUUCCAAGUUGUCUAGUGUCACCACUGUCUAAUAUGGAGUCUGAAUAGGAGUUUUACUUGACUAAUUGUAAACUGUGGUGAGUAUUGGCUCUUAAAUGAGCUAUUACUCACUGGUAAGUUGUUCAUAGAUAAAAAUAUUCUAAACAGUGUUCAGUAUGCACAAGCUCUAAAGUAGUAUUCACAAAUGUUUUACGCCAUUCGCUUUGAAUAAUCGGGUAACUGUUUUGGUUUUGUUUAUUUUGAACAGUCAGUACACCAUCUGUGUAAUGAGUAGCUGAAGACAUUACCAAUUCAUUAUGUUUUACUGUAAAUCCUUCCUUUUCCUGUCACUGUUACAGUUGCCUUUUGCUGUGUUGGUAUGUUUGGCUUGCCCUUGUCCACAGGAAGGUGCUUUUAGUUCCUUUUUGCCAAAGCCAGGGGUUCUUUCUGGUCAGCACAUCCAUCAGGGGACUGUAACCAAUCUGAAGUGAUAUCUGUGCCCGUGAACUGGAGACUAAUCUGUGACUAACUGCCCAGUUAUCAGAUACCUCAACCUCCACUAGACUCCUGGGAGGAGCUGCUAUUGGCUGAAUGGUCAGACAGUUGCCAAAGCUUUCCACCUUACGGUCUGCUAAAUGGUCAUAACCAUUUGUAAAUGCAAACUUCCUCAUUUGCUUUUUAUUUUUGCACAGGCAGACCCCAAGCGUAAAAUUACUUCUCUUUUUUUAACCACAGGGAGCCAAUACAAACCUUCUUAAAAUCCUCUGAAAAUGUCUGUAUGCGUUUGAUAGAUUCAGCUGCUACUUAUGAGGUUGAUCAGAAUGGACAGGCAUCUCCUACUGCGUUGAACAAAGGGAGAAAUAUUUUGCGGUGGCUCUGGGUUUCAUGUUACGGUUAUAACGAUAUUGAAGCUUGCCAGUUUAUUUGUAGUGUCAUUCUAGUGCUACCAGUUUUCUCUUGUCAAAAAAAAAAAAAAACUGUGUGCGUCAUUGUGUUUACAUAUUGCUACUUGGCUGGAUGCCAGACCUCAGCUUCCCUUUUAUCAAGAUGCAUUUAACUGUUGAGUAGAAUGCUGCCGAAUUGCACAAAAACAAACUGUGAAAAAAUGCGCUGAAGGUCAAGCAGGAAGUAGAUAAGGGGGGAGGGGCUCCUGAGGCAGAGAGGUGUUCUGGUGAGGAAGUCGUCUCAGUAGCAGCAGUGUAGCGGCUGCGCUGUAAUUACUGGGUGAUGGACAUUGAGCGCAUAGCGCUAUCUACAGUGUCCCUCUGCGAGUGGCUCACCCUCCAGCCCAGCCCAAAUCUGGCCCAUGCUAGCUCUGGGAUGCUGUUGCUCCUGAAAGACAGAGUACAUAGCAUGAAAUCUCUUAACGAGGUUUUGGCAGCGCCCCUGAGCCGAGUUAGCGCCUCUCCCUUUCUCUAUGUUGGAGUGUAGCACUUAGUCUGCAUCAGAUCAGAGGCCCUGUAAUUACAGCUCUGUUACUUCACAGCGUGACCAGCUUUGGGAAUAGACUGCUAAUGGAGAGCCCCCACCAGAGACCUCAUUACAGACCCUCAUCUCCCGAACCCUCAUACAUCCCCUCAGACAGCUCUAUCUGGUGUUAAACAGCGGCCAUUAUAAUCAAAACACUGUCCUGUCUUCUGGACGGGAUCGCAAGCCCCUGGUUUAAUCGCUGACUGAUUUUGCAAAAGAUAUCGAGCUGUCAUGUUGUAACUUUUAUCUUUGUGAAAGUUUUACUGCCUUUUUAAUUUACACAUAGAAUAAGCUGUUUGAUCAGGACUCCUCACACGCGGGGAUCGUAGCUCUGUGUACCCGAUGGGUUUUGUUCUAGCGAUCACCAUGCCUGUCCAGCCAUCUUUGAUUUGAGAAGAUCCCUUUAACAAAAUGAAGUGUCAAGGCAUAAUUAGUCGCUCUUUUUUAAAUCGGGAAAUAUGCACGAGUACAGUACUAUGUUUGCAGGAGGCUAAUUUGAAAGCCUCCGUGCCCAGGAGUCACAUCAAUUACAUGAGGGGGAACAAUAUUGUUCUGAGUAAUUUAGCUGUGUUUGUUUAAUAUACAUUUCUUCUUAGAUGGUUAGUUGUGUUUUGUUUUCUGGUUUAGUUUUUCUUCUCUCAGUGCAGGGCGGGGGGGGGGGGGGGUAAAUCAUCACUCAAACCACUAGGGCUAAAUUUUAGUAACACUGCUGUUUAUAAUCAGGAUUUUAUGGGAAUUUGCCUAGCUUUGUUAACGAUAUCUUUUCUACACUAUCUAUUUUGUCUGUAUUUGAAAUAAAAUGUUUUUUCUCA